AUGUUUCGGACUAGAAUCUGGCUUCAAAUCCAUAAUAGGAAGGAUCGUUCCGCCAAGAAAUCAAGAUCAAGGCCCACAAAUGAUCUGAAGAAUAUUAAGGUACAGCCAACAGGUACUGAUUGCGGCGGUGAUAGAGGAGGUGGUGAUAGAGGAGAUUCGUCGAAACGAAGAAUUGGGUUACCGGGCAUUAACUCAAAUCAUGAUAUAGUUAGGAAGAGGAGAAAGACCAGUGAAAUUAAUGGGUCCCGUGAUACAAAUGUGGAUCGGAUUUCUGAAUUGCCUGAACCAAUCAUCCAUCAUAUUUUUACCUGCCUAAAAUGCUCGAAAGACGUGGCCCGGACUAGCAUCCUCUCAAAGAAGUGGAGAAACACUUUCAGCUCAUACUUGAAUUUUGAUUUUGAUGAGAGAUGGUUUCGUGCGCCAAAGGCAGUUGGAAAGCGCACGAGGAAGGCUCGAGAGUUGCAGAAAGAAAAGUUCAAGUGUUAUGUGAACCGUUCAAUAGCAACAAGGCUCGAGCCAGUUCCUUCCAUAGACAAGUUCAGGCUGUAUGUGAAUAACAUGGAUAUCCGAUUGAAAGAAUGCAUGGAGAAAUGGGUUUGUGAUGCUGUGGACAAAAACGUGAAAGAGCUGGAUAUUCAGCUGAACGGAAAACAUUUUACAUACGGAAAGAAUUUUAUCUUGCCAAGGGUUGUGCUUUUGUCUACAUCAAUAGCUUCUCUAAAGCUGUCGGGCUACAUAUUAUUCGGGUUUACUCCCAUAUGCAUGUCUAAUUUAAGAGAGCUUUCUAUAAAAGAUACCCUGAUGAUAAAUAAGGCCGUGAUCACCAAAUUUGAGAAGUGUUGCCCUUUGAUUGAAGUUUUGAGGCUGGUUCACUGUAGGGGCAUAUUUGAUAUAUCCAUCCCAUCUCUCAAGAAGCUAAGGAGGGUAGAGGUGCAUGAGUGUCACAAGGUUUCUUAUAUUGAGAUUGCAUCGCCAAAACUUGAGAGCUUUUCGUUUCAUGCAGAGAAAAAUCAGGAGUGCAAAAUCAACCUGGAGAUUUUGGGGAGUUUGAAAAAUUUGACGUUGAAGGACUAUAGAAUGACGGAGACUGGUCUUCAGGGUUUCCUCUCCAAAACCCCAGUGCUCGAGAAAUUGGUGCUUUUUAAAUGUGCUAAACUCAGGAGACUCACAAUUUUAAGUGACAGAUUAAGGAGCUUAGCCUUGUUUAAUUGUUACAAGUUACAAGAAUUGAAUAUUGAUGCACCGAAUUUGUCUUCCCUCCAGUACAGCGGCCACAGGGUGCCUUUCUCGUCCAUGAAUAUUCCGGGACUUCGUGAAGCAAAAUUUUCUUUUGGUCCUGCUACGAGGACAAAUCAGCAUCUCGUCGAGUAUCAGAGGCAUUUCAUGGACUUUGAUCGCUCCAAGGGUUUUAAAUUGAUUGUACACUCCAAGCAGAGUAUGACGAUUUAUGAGGACCCAAGAGAAGCACUCGAAGCUCAAAACUUUUUCUGCAAUUUAGAACUCACUACAUCUCUGAGAAGAGUUACGAAAAUUGUUGAUGACUGGUUGCGAGAAUCCCAUGGUAGGUGUAUUGUGCUAGUAUCCGCUAGCAGCGAACUGAUACAGCUAACACAGAAGAUUAUUAUGGGCACAGAAGAUAAUCCAACCUGCUGCAGAUUCCAUUCAAACAAAUGCUGGCGACAUUACAUAGAAGAUGUCACAACUCGAAAUCUCGCCUGCAGUGACAGGAUUUAUUACGACUUUAAAUGGAAAAUUAGACAUCGCUCAUCAGAGCCGUGA